AUGGCUGCGGACGCCACCAGGAUGAGCGCGCAGCGGCGCUUCCUCGACGAGAACGUCGGCGCCCAGCACGGCGGCAGCUGCGACUUCCUGUUUUCUCCCCCGGAAGCCUCUGGCCGCCCGUCGGUCCUCCGAGCCUCCCAGAAGGAGAAUGUGCCCCCGAGGACCACAGCCCGGGCCGCGAAGGUGACCUUCCAGACCCCUCGACGGGACCCCCAGACACGCAGGCUUCUGAGUCCCAGCUGCCCGGAGGCCUGCCUGGCCCUGAACAGCACCGAGGGCCUUGAGGACGGCCGGCUCGAGGCCCCGGUACACAGCCAACAGUUCCCUGGGGAAGCAGAAUCUGGCCCAGCCGAAGGCCCUCGGGACAUGGCCGUGCCUUCGGGGGACACGAGCUCAGUCUCUGAAGCAGGGCCUGGCUGCAAUGGCCCUACCACUGCCUCCCUGGUGGACCCAGCACCCCCCAGCCCUCCGUUGAGCACAGCCGACAUGGACAGCCCAGUGGCAGCCCAGGUCCCUGUGGCUGGCAGCCACAAGCCCAGCACGCCUUCUGCAGCACCCCUGCCCGAGCAGGAGCUGGACUCCUCGGAUAAUGCUGGAGCCCGCAAAAGGGCAGUACACCCAAAGAGACUGGGGAAGAAACGCCAGGAGCACCAGGAAGAGGCCCCCAAAGCCGAGGAGGCAGCCAGGAGCUCCACACCCCCACCCCGGGGAGCCGACAACCUGGACUGGGACAAGCUGGGUGACCCCAACUUUAACCCGUUCGCAGGGGGCAGCGUGCUCCCACCUGCGGAUCCCCCCCAGAGCAGCCCAGAUGGAACCAUGGGAGCAGCCCCGGGAGCUCCAGACUCCUCCACACCCCCCAGCUGUCAGGCCAGUGAGCCAGAGCCACUGGCCCCACAGGCGGGACCAGCCUGGGGCCCAAAGGAUGAGCAGUUCCGCAACCCGGCCGAGGUCCUAGGCACGUGUGCAGAGCUAGACUACCUGGAGCAGUUCGGGGCGUCCUCGCUCCAGGUGUCAACCCUGCGGAAGCAAUCCCUGUACCUCAAGUUUGACCCACUGCUGGAGAGCCCCCAGAGACCCGCACCCCCUGGCCCCGCACCCUGCACAAGUGCUCAGGAGACACUCCUGCCUGCUCCCACCUCCCAGAGCCCAUCUGAGACUGAGCUGAUGACGUUCGACUUGCUGGGAACCCUGGAUGCACCUAUGCCUGGGCUGCUGCCAUGCGUGCCCUGUGGACCCAUCGUGGAUGUGCUGCAGUACAGCCAGAAGGACCUGGAUGCUGCGGUGGCGGCCAUCCAGAGAGAGAAGCAGGAACUGAGCAGCCAGUGCCAGGAGCUGAAAGCGAAGCUCUCGGAGAUGGGGAUAAUCAUGGGUGAGUUCGAGGCGAUCGCCUACCAGGCCAUGGAGGAGGUUCAGAAGCAGGAGGCAGCAUGCAAGGCGGACAUGCAGAAGGUGCUGCAGGAGAAGGAGCAGCUGGCAGCCGACCUGCGCUCCAUGGAGCAGUCCUUCUUCGACCUCUUAAGGCGCUUCGAGAAGCAGAAGGAGGCCAUCGAGGGCUACCGCACGAACGAGGCAUUGCUGAAGAAGUGUGUGGAGGACCACAUGGCGCGGCUGGAGCAGGAGGGCCAGCGCUACCAGGCACUGAAGGUGCAGGCUGAGGAGAAGCUCCGGCUGGCCAACGAGGAGAUCGCCACCGUGAGUAAUAAGGCCCUCGCCGAGGCCUUCGCCGUCCAGGCCAGCCUGCGCAAGGAGCAGAUGCGUGUGCAGUCCCUGGAGAGGGUCGUGGAGCAGAAGACCCGGGAGAACGAGGAGCUGAGCAGGAUAUGUGACGACCUCAUUUUCAAGAUGGAGAAGAUCUGACUGGCGCCCACGACGGCUCUGUCUUCUGGCCACUUUUAACCCCAG